CGCCCAGAGCCAUGUCCUCGUCUGCUGGCAGCGGCCACCAGCCCAGCCAGAGCCCUGCCAUCCCCACCCGCACCUUGCCCAUCAGCGACGCUGCGCAGCUACCUCAUGACUAUUGCACCACGCCCGGGGGGACGCUCUUCUCCACCACACCGGGAGGAACCCGAAUCAUUUAUGAUCGAAAGUUUCUGCUGGAUCGUCGAAAUUCUCCCAUGGCUCAGACCCCACCCUGCCAUCUGCCCAAUAUCCCAGGAGUCACCAGCCCUGGCACCUUAAUCGAAGACUCCAAAGUAGAAGUAAACAAUUUGAACAACCUGAACAAUCAUGACAGAAAGCAUGCAGUUGGGGAUGAUGCUCAGUUUGAGAUGGACAUCUAACUGUCCUGCAAGGAUCAGAAGAAUAGCAGCAACGCUGAUACCUGUGUGUGUACCUGAUUCGGCCAAUAGGAUCAACAAUGAAAA